AUGCUCAUUCUUGAUAUAAAAUUCUCUCUUGUAGCCAUGCCAGUGAAGGCAGACGGCGACUUCUGUCCUCCUGCUGUUUAUCCAGCUUCGCAGCCGUUCGCAACCUUUGCCACAGAAGCUCCUCUCGAAAGCGCUGAGGAUGCGGCUGACGAGGAUGAAGAGGAGGAAGGGGGUGACGAUGAUGAGGAAUUCGACUCAGCCGCAGAAGAUUCACCCAUGGAAACUGAAUGA